GUUGUUAAAAGUAGAAACCAAGGGACCUUGCCUACUUAGGCCCCGGGGCAAAUAGGGGCUCCCUGCAGAGGGGCCACCAGGGCCCUUUUCUUCACAAGAGGGGCAGCAGUGGCAGCGACCCUUGGCAGCGUGGCCUCAGGCAGAAGCCCAGUAUGUACCUGAGGUCCCAGGCUCACAAAGAGGGAUGGAGGUAUACAGUGAAUAAAAGGAGGUGUAUGGCCCUUAGACCAUGGCUGCAGGGUAUGGGAGAGAAGGAAGACUUGAGCUCUGAAAACUACCAGCUUACCCUGAUGACAUUACAAACUAAGAUCUGGCAUAUCCUUGUGCUCAUAAUGAGAAUAGUUCUGCUGCAAUCAAUCAAGAUGAACCUCAUGGACAUCACCAAGAUUUUCUCCCUCCUGCAGCAUGACAAGGAGGAAGAGGACACCGACACAGGGGAGAAGCAGGCUCUCAAUCAAGCAGUGUAUGACAACGACUCCUAUACCUUGGACCAGCUUUUGUGCCAGGAGCGUUACAAACGUUUCAUCAACAGUAGAAGUGGCUGGGGUGUUCCUGGGACACCCUUGCGGUUGGCUGCUUCUUAUGGCCACCUCAGUUGUUUGCAGGUCCUCCUGGCACAUGGUGCUGAUGUUGACAGCUUGGAUGUCAAGGCACAGACACCACUUUUUACUGCUGUCAGUCAUGGCCAUCUGGACUGUGUGCGUGUGCUUUUAGAAGCUGGUGCCUGUCCUGGUGGUAGUAUCUACAACAACUGUUCUCCUGUGCUCACAGCUGCCCGUGAUGGUGCUGCUGCCAUCCUUCAGGAACUCUUAGGCCAUGGUGCAGAGGCCAAUGUCAAGGCUAAACUACCAGUCUGGGCAUCAAACAUAGCUUCAUGUUCUGGCCCCCUCUAUUUGGCUGCAGUCUAUGGGCAUCUUGACUGUUUCCGCCUGCUUUUGCUCCAUGGGGCAGACCCCAACUACAACUGUACUGACCAGCACCUAUUGGCUCGUGUCCCACGGCCCCGCACCCUCCUUGAAAUCUGCCUCCACCAUAAUUGUGAGCCAGAGUACAUCCAGCUACUAAUUGAUUUCGGUGCUAACAUCUACCUUCCAUGUCUCUCCCUGGACGUGAACUUGCAAGAUAAUAAAGGCACUGCAUUGCUGCUACAGGCCCGAGCCACUCCACGGUCACUACUGUCACAGGCCCGUUUAGUUAUCCGCAGAGCCCUGCACCAGGCCAGCCAGCCACAAGCCAUUGACCAGCUGGAUCUUCCCCCUGUGUUGAUUAGCUACCUCAAACACCAACUGUAAUCUUGCAGCCUUAACAGAAACCCACAAUACCUACAAAAACCACCUGGGGACCCAGGUAGCUGAAGGGCACUAGAGCUCCACCCAUUCACCUGGAGCUUCUCCAUAUACUCCACAAUAAGAUACUCAUCAAAAUAAAUCCUGGUGGCUGCUCUCCUGUAUUAUCCUCCACAAUAAAAUCCUCAUCAAAAUAA